AGCAAGCGCGCCCGCCGGGCCCAUGCGGCCGCCGCCGACGCGGGCGCGCCCGUGCCGCUGCCGCUGCGGGCCGGGCUCGUUGUGAAGGUGACGUGCGCCGAGGCCCUCGGCGGCCUGGCCGCGGGGCGCAAGGCCGUGACGCUGGAGCCCUGCGAGGUCGGCGCCGGGGUGCUGGUGAGGCUGCUCCUGCCCGACGGCAGCGGCCGCGCCGCGGGCGCGUGCACCGAGGAGCUGCGGGUGCGGCGCGAGAGGCUCCAGACAGUGCUGCCCAAGCUCGGAGGCCGGGUGCUCGUCUUGCCAGGCGCAGAGGACGACUUCGCUGGCGAGGCCGUACUGCGGUCCCUCGAGGCGGACAGCUUCAGCUGCACCGUGGCGCUCCCAGGCGGCGGGCUGCUGCGGGGGCUGCCGUACGAGCGCGUGUGCAAGCUGCUGGAGGCCCGGGGGCCCAGGCCGCCCCCUGACCCCUGGGGCGCCCCCCCGGGCGCGGCGUGGGACCUGCACU